AUGCUCAACCUCGGGCGUAUUAAGAUUCCACCCCUGAAAAAUGUGCUGGAUGUAGCGAUGCAGACUGUGAGACAGCAGGUGCCUGAGAAACCUGGACCCUCACCGCGCCCUCCGCAAAAUGUUCGAUUUGCUAAUAUGGAUAUGGGAGAGAGCUGUGAACUGUCGACUAUGAACGAGACAACCUCACCCACAUACCAAUCUACCAAUCCCACUAACCCAUUUUUAAGUGGAGAACUACAGGCUGAGGACUCCUUUACCAGCUACCAGAACACUUAUCCGCAACAAGAUGGAGGAGCAAGGACUCAAAGUAUGCAAAGUGUCGACUUUUAUGCUUCAUCUGAAGAGGGCGGUUUUGAAGAAGGUGGUGGAAAACCGGGCGCUAAGAUUAAUGAAUUUCAAGCAGCCUGGAAUGUCACCAAUGCGAUUCAGGGAAUGUUCGUGGUAUCGUUGCCGUUCGCAGUUCUGCAGGGCGGAUACUGGGCAAUAGCUGCUAUGAUAGGAAUUGCUCAUAUUUGUUGCUACACUGGUAAGAUACUCGUUGAAUGCCUUUAUGAAGAUGACCCAGUAUCAGGACAGCGUGUACGUGUUCGUGAUUCUUACGUAAGCAUCGCUAAGGAGUGUUUUGGAAGAAAAUACGGUGCAAAAAUUGUUAACAUCGCUCAAAUCAUCGAGCUCCUAAUGACUUGUAUUUUAUACGUCGUUGUAUGCGGUGACCUUAUGAUUGGCACCUUCCCUGGUGGCUUGAUUGAUACCCGCUCCUGGAUGAUGUUGACUGGUAUAUUCUUGUUACCACUCGCUUUUCUGAAAUCGCUUAAAAGUGUCAGUAUGUUAUCAUUUUGGUGUACUAUGAGUCACUUGAUAAUUAACGCUAUUGUUCUUGGUUACUGCAUUCUCUAUAUUGGUGACUGGGGUUGGUCGAAAGUCAAAUGGUCUUUAGAUUUUGAAAAUUUUCCAAUUAGUCUGGGAGUUAUUGUAUUUUCGUAUACAUCCCAAAUCUUUUUGCCAACUUUGGAAGGAAAUAUGGAAGAUCGAUCGCGUUUCGAGUGGAUGCUAAAUUGGUCGCAUAUAGCGGCCGCUGCAUUUAAAUCUAUCUUUGGGUAUCUAUGUUUCCUUACCUUCCAAAACGAUACGCAACAAGUUAUAACAAAUAACUUACGUUCAGCUGGCUUUAAAGGGUUGGUUAACUUUUUCUUGGUAGUUAAAGCGGUGCUAAGUUACCCUUUACCAUAUUAUGCGGCAUGCGAUCUUAUGGAAAGAGUUCUAUUUAGGGGUAAACCAAAGACGAUUUUCCCGACAAUUUACGCUUUAGAUGGAGAGUUGAAAGUAUGGGGUCUGGCUUGGAGACUUGGUGUUAUCAUGUUUACGAUUCUAAUGGCGAUAUUUAUUCCCCAUUUCGCUAUUCUCAUGGGAUUUAUUGGCAGUUUCACUGGUACUAUGUUGAGUUUUAUAUGGCCCGCUUACUUCCAUCUUAAAUUGAAGGGAAACCAACUGGAAAGUACGACAAUAGCUUACGACUACUUCAUCAUAGCCCUCGGCAUACUAUUCGGUAUCAUUGGAAUGUACGACUCAGGAUCAGCUCUUGUAAAGGCUUUCAAGAUCGGUUUGCCGUUUUAA